AUGCCUCCGCGGCCUCUCCUUGUUCCUGUAUUUAUCCUCUGUCUCGCACGCGCACGAGCUUCUCUCUAGCUCGUUCGCUGUCGGAAUUCCCCAGCCUGAAGUCGGUGCGUAGGUGGCAUACAGAAAAUGCCGACAGCGUCGAUGCUCGCCGAAUUCCGGCCGCCUAGCUCGCGGAAAAGACCCCGAAGCCGGACAGUCCAACACGUGUCCAAAAGUGCGGUGCUCUUGCUCUCCCUUCUUCAGCUCACCACGGCGCGCCGGCCAGGAGGAGGAGGUUACCAUUAUCCAUCUGUAACUCCACAGGGAUACGACUCACAAGACUCUUCUUUCGAUGGUGGAGACUGGGGCGAUUGGAGAAACCAGCCAAUACCCGGACCAAAACCACAUGGGAUGCCGUUCAGCCCGCCGAUCCACAGGCGGUUCGAACAACCAGAGCCGAUGGACGAAUUGCGUUCUCUCGCCAUCUCGUUGGAAGAGGAGGACCGAGCUGACCUGGGUGGCUACAUUGCGGUGGUUCUUCAGAAGCUGGCUAACAUGAACGAGCUGUUCUUGGGGGAAAGGGGACGCAAGAAAAGCGUGUUUCAUUCUGCGACGAUGCCGUCGGUGGCCGUGGCGGAAUUUGUGGAGAGAGUCGCCAACAACAUCGUUUGCCCGAACGUGUGCCUCAUGCUUACCCUCGUGUACAUGGACCGACUGGCCCUUCCCUCCUCGGAGCUACACCUCUACGUCACCCCACUUACUGCACAUCGGCUGUUCACGGCUAGCUUGAUCAUCGCCAUCAAGUUCAUCGCCGAGAAGCCUCCAUCUGUGUUCAACGACAUCUUUUAUGAGAAGAUUCACUCUGUGACUGGCUUGGCGGUCGCGGAGUUAAAGCACUUGGAGCACCACAUGUUGCAGGCCCUUGCCAAGGACGCGUAUGUGUCCGUGAGCGAGCUGAACCGAUACAUGGGCAACUUUGCGCACAGGCACAACGAGAUGGUGCCGUUCAUCGACCGACCUUACUCGGGGCCACCUCCAUUCCCCUUCCAGUAGAAGCUGCCUUGGUGGUAUGGGGAAAGAACUGCCGCGCCUCGACCGAACGCUUGCCGUUGCAAACAGUAGAAGUACCAUCAUAGGGAGGGAAGUAACGUAGUUUUCUAUGUCUUGAGGCGCCGGCCCCAUGGGGGUCGCAAUGCAUGUCCUCGUGAUGUUCGGUUCCCCGUCAUGCUAGGGCGAAAGGUGCCGAGAAAUGUGAACGUCUUGUUUCGAAACGAGUUGGUCAAGAUCGGUUCUCUUGCCUUAAAGUAGUCUCAUCGUAUUCGACCUCGAGAAGAAACCAUCGCGGCAGGAACGAUGGCAGUGAGAAUUGAUUAACCAUACGCAACGCGUUGCCCCUACCAAGAGAGCAGUGGUGUAGUCUGAUACGGUCAAUGAGGUCCUGCCCGGUGCACCACAGCGCGCUGUGGGAGCUGGAGUCAUCAUUUGACAUUGCUGUAAGGUUCUACAUGCGUCGUGUGUUACUUGUUGCUCUUAGAUAACUAUAGAAUUAGUGUACGAAGGUUCGUGCGAAAUAGAUUGAUACCUGUAUUGCAAUUGUUCCACUUUUUAGAAUGGUUGAAGGUCUAAGGAAUCAGGAGGUAUUUCGGCGCCCGGCUGCCGGUUGUUACGCUUCACUUUUGUCGGGGGAUAAAGUUCCCGCCUACGAACGUUCUUCACAUUCCGCCCGUGUACUCAGUGACGCAAGUACUGUUCGAUUCGGCCACUCGCAUGGCUGAAUGUACUUCGGCUGUUUUUUCUCUUGGGGUUGUGACGUCAUCGGCUAGGCUGCUUCUGUAGAGGUUAGUCGGGGUGAAAUAUUUCAACGUGUUGCCUCAAGACUUGCAGCAAAAAUUGCAUCACCAACACGAACAAUGUCCUAUCUUCUAGUUCGACUCGCAGGUGGGAGCACGCCCGCCCGAUGUUUUUCACGCGCCUAGAUUGUCCUCUGAUCUUCUGAUUCGGCAAUUAUUUUAGUAGCGCGAAAACAUGCAUGCGUCUACCAAGAUCGAUGCCACAAUAUAUUUGGCAAGCACGCGGAAUUUCCACCUGAAUUCGUCGCGAGUGGAGGGAGGUUCCCACCACAAGGGUGUGCGUGUGUUUAGCUUUGUCAUCAUUAGCAGCGCGAGCCUCACAUCAAUAAUCAGUCCCGCGGGCGCCGGUCAAACCACAAACACACCAUUGUUAUGCUACCCAUUGACGCCCUUGAAACUUUAGCGCCCCUCCCCCUCCCCCGCCACAAACAACGCUACCAUACCAGAUACUACCGUGUAUCAACACCAGCACCGACGUUCCUACCUUACACCCGACACCCUAUCCCUCCUGCCUUCAAAACGUACCUGUGCUGGACUUGUCUUGCCUACGCUAUCCCCAACGUAUGUGCAUGAAUAUCCGCCUUUCGGUCGAUGUGCGACCCAAGCUACCCAGGAGCAAACGACACCUUGCGGGGAAGGCACCAGACGAAAACACGGGAUUGGCGUGCGUCCCAGCAAUGUGUUCUCUGUGUUCAAAGUAUGCAAUAGCUUCGUUGCUAUUGCCCGGCUCACAUGCCGGUAGCAACAACGUAUCAAGGAUUGAGUGACAAUCUCGUCACGGUUCUUGCUUGUACAUACGGGCCUAAAGACAGCACGAAAAAGAAUGUUCUACCCACAGGCGCAACGGGAUCGACGAGACACAACAAAACAAGCAAGAACGAUAUCGAAAACAAAACGAGGGAAAGGCACACACCCAGCAUUUCAGCAGCGUGUUCGAGGGGGCGCGGGGGCAUGUCCCCCCCAAACACGUCCCGGGUAAAACAGAGAGGAAGCCCUCUCGCACACAACUCCAUUCUCAAGCGACAACCAAGAUUCAGCUCGCCCCAGGGUUCAGUCCUGGAACACUGCUUCUGUACCAACUCUGCAGCCUGCAUCUGCACCAUCGGAAUGGAUCAGUGCUCACCACUGCCGCGAAGAAUCAGACGGCUACAGUAGACUCGAGAAACGACACCGCUCCGCGCUCUUCCCGUGCUUGAUACAUAACAUGGGGUACAUAGAAGCGGGGCAGAACAGGCGCGUGGUCAGAACCAGAUAUAAUCAGCAAUUAUUUGGGGUCAUCCAUGUUUCCAAGUAUGCAAGAGAAAUGGUGGGGGCUUCAUGCCCUGGCCAGAAGCCCAGGCCGUUACGAAUGAUAUCAUAACGUGGAGAGCGUGCGUGUUGCAAUUCGGAAACGUCGCUACGUAGAAAUGUCAUGGAUUGUGCGCACAGGACAACAGGCUGUAGGGCUGUAGGACAGCCGCCAAAAGCACGUCGCUCCCGACAGGCGAAAGCGAUCGCGGGUAAUCGACAACAUAGCGGCCGUGACAGUUGUAAUACAAUAUUUCUUGUUGGGCCAGCACCGCUCGAAAACCUCGUUCGUUCCGCACCCCAGUAUACACUAGUAGGAUUGUUUCCAGUACAAGGAAUCGGGGUGUAUGCAUCUACGUCCUCAACCUUCUCAUCUGCUCCCCAACGCAGAAGGAGCUCCACAGCCGCCACACUCGACCACGAACAAGCAGCGUGCAGUGGCGUUUGAUUGUACUCAUCGCGUGCAUUGACGUUGGCUCCUCCCUCCAACAAGGCGCGAAUCGUGCCGAUUGAUGCUAUCCGACAUCUAACGGCAGUAUGGAGCAGCAUGUUGCAGUGGUCGUCGCUGAUGGCCUUCGCGUUGACUUGAGCACCGGCUUCCUACAGCACACGGACAACAUCGCCGUUGUCUU